AUGGCGGGCGACUCGGGAACGUCGAAUGGCGUUAAACACGGCUCAAAGGACCUCGGUGAAGUAAUCCGGUCAUAUCAAGUCUAUGACCUGCGCUUCCCAACGAGCCUCACCUCGGCGGGCUCAGACGCGAUGAAUGGAGCUCCUGACUAUAGUGCCGCUUACAUCGUUCUUAGUACCAACUCGCAUUUGGCAGGACAUGGCUUCUCAUUCACUAUUGGUCGUGGGAAUGAUCUGGUCUGCCAAGCAGCCCGUGCCACAGCAGAGCGUCUUGUUGGUAAACGGCUCGCUGAUUUAACGUCUGAUAUGGGCAAAACAUGGCGCUAUCUAGUCUCUGACUCCCAGCUCCGGUGGGUAGGGCCUGAAAAGGGUGUAAUCCACCUGGGGCUAGCCGCCUGUGUCAACGCCUUAUGGGAUCUCUGGGGACGGGCGGACAACAAGCCUGUUUGGAAACUCAUCGCUGAUAUGAGCGCGGAGGAGUUCGUGAGGUGCAUUGACUUCCGCUAUAUUGAGGACGCGAUAACACCGCAGGAAGCAAUGGCUUUGUUAAAGGCCCAGGAGACAACAAAGCCACAGCGCCUUCGCGAUGCCGAAGCCAAUCGAGCGGUUCCUGCUUACUCAACCGAGGCAGGGUGGUUGGGAUACUCGGACGAAAAGAUGCGGACAUUGAUGAAAGAUCUCCUCGCUGCUGGCCACGACAAGUUUAAAUUAAAGGUCGGAAGGGUUCUCGAGGAUGACAAGCGACGAUGCCGGAUCGCUAGAGAACUUAUGGGCGAAGAGAAGACUCUGAUGGUGGAUGCGAAUCAGGUCUGGGGUGUAUCCGAGGCAAUACAAUGGAUGCUUCAGCUCGCCGAGUUCAAACCAGCUUUCAUUGAGGAGCCCACGUCACCGGAUGACAUUCUUGGGCACGCUGCCGUCCGAAAAGCCCUCAAAGCUCAUGGCAUAGGCGUCGCAACAGGGGAGAUGUGUCACAAUCGAGUAAUGUUCAAGCAAUUGCUCCAGGCUGAGGCCAUCGAUGUCUGCCAGAUUGAUGCGUGCCGUUUGGGCGGCAUAAAUGAGGUUCUGGCCGUCCUUCUUAUGGCCAAAAAGUUUGAAGUCCCUGUUGUCCCACACAGUGGUGGCAUAGGCUUGAAUGAGUAUACGCAGCACUUGUCUCUGGUAGACUACCUUUGCGUAUCUGGGGAGCGGAGCAUGCUUGAGAACAUCACCACUUAUAACCACGUCCUCACAACGCCGUUACAAACGCAGGAUGGUUUUUUUGUGACACCGUUAGAAUCCGGAUACAGUGUCGAGUUUCGAGACACUGCGAUCGCGCAGUACAGCUAUCCAGAAGGCACGUUCUGGCGUUCUCAAGAUGGCUUGUCGAUCAUCAACAGUGGUUUGGCCUGA